UGUUAUGCAAUAUGCAUGUACCUCGACUGUUGCAAAUAAUGAUCAUAUGUUGACAUACACUGUUUACUAUCCGGUAGAGUACUAUAGAACGAAAGCCGAGGCAGUCGUACUCCCCAUGCUAUAAGGACACCAUGUUCGACCCGUCCAUCCAAACGUUUUGCUGCUAUAAGGCCGGCGUCCCGAGCCCGUCGCUGGCGGUGAUGCUAGAGUUAAAUUCCAGGAGUUACAACACAGUCUGCCUCGUAUCUAGCAUUAUAGGGUGCAUCGGGGCCAUCUACCAGCUUCUGCCUAGAAGAGAUGCCUUAUUGAGCAGACGAUGGUACUCAAUGACUUCACUCAGAGGAAGACAAAUAAUUGUUUGGUUAGCAUUUGCCGAUUUUAACGCUUCUUUAGUACAAUUUUUAGGGGUUCUUAUAAGGUCAAUUGUGAAGCUAAACAGUCCGAUGAUGAUCUCAUGGGGAGAAAGCACGCAAGUGGCCUUUUGCGCCAUUUUAGCUGUGUGGAUAGAAUAUUUUUACGUUGUGACAUGGGCAUGGACCCUGUUUUAUGCUGUAGACACAUGGCUGGCAUUGCAGAAAAAAGCCGGCAUGCCGAAGUUUUAUCACUCGAUCGCUUGGACAGUUCCAGCGGCGCUGACAUCUUUCGGCCUGGCUUUUCUUUAUUACCCCGAUGCUGACUGUCACAAUUAUAGUACAAAGGCGACUCGUUCAGGUGAUGUGUUUUUCCGUCUCCUGCCCAAUUAUGUAACUAUAUACUUAAUAAUAACUCUGGUUAUGGUAACGAGCCCAUGUUUUUAUUUUAUGUCCGCUCGAAAAGUUGAUUUGUUCGUAGCCGAUUGCCUCCAUCAGGUGACUAGAAAGGAGAGAUCUGUUAUACAAUCGAUGAGGCUUAGAUUCGCACUCAUAAAUCUUUCAUUUUACGCCUGCUGGUUCCCAAAUUUAAUCAACGGUAUUAUUAUCUGGUCAAAAUGGUCCGACAUGCCGAGAACACUGUUAUUAGCCUUGUGGUAUAUAAUGGCUGUGACAAAUCCUUUGCAAGCUUUUUUUAAUUCCUUAGUGUACAGACAGUCGAACAUGAAAGUCUGCCUGCCAUUAGCAAAGGAAUCCAAUGAAGAAACACCUCUCAUACGUUCAAACAUUAAUACAUAAUUUACUUAUCAAUUAACAAAAUUGUGCCAUUUUAUCUCUAUUAAAUUUUUCACAAAAACUACUAGUUAUUUUUAAAAAAUUGGUUUCACAUAUGCAAACAAUUGUGAUAUUUUGUUUAGCAUACAAAAUUUUUUUAUAGAUUAUAA